ACUACAUAUGAGUAGUAAAACAAAUACAAGAAAAAAUUUUUGCUAUGUCGUGUGAAAAUUGUUUACAUUUGAUAAAAUUAUUAAAUUUACAAGAUAAUUUUGUAAUACCACAACAAAUACUAUUAAUUAAGGGUGUUGUGGAACAGCCUAAGUGUUAUAAACAACAAGAUAUAGCGUUAUAUAUAGAAAAUAGGCAAAUUUUAAGCACCGGCUUAUGUCACAACACGGGAAGAUUUAAAUUUUUAAUCGAUUUGGGCCAAGAAAAUAGAAAAUUUCAAUUAAAUUUCUCUUACGGCAAAGUAAAGUUGUUAAUAAAUAUAAUUUAUGAAAAAAAGGAAUCAUUAUAUAAAAUCCAACCUUUAAUAAUACUGGCCAAAGAUGAAGUGCAACAAAAUGAAAUUGUUAAGUUAAAUCAACAAAUAAUUGAUUUAAAUUUAUUAUUAAUACAAACGGUAUAUGCGGAAAAGUUGUGGGAGGCGGUUAAGCAAAGAUUAACCUUUGUGUUUAAUGAUAAAUGUAAGAUAUUUAUUUCCAAACUCACCAAGAAGGAGAUAUGGCAGCUUGAGGAACAGGAUUUGUGGCUGCAAAUUGCUAAGGAUCUACUGGCCUCAGAGUGGGGUAACCAGGAUCAUAUAAAGUCUAUAGCUUUUAUAAACUGCAGCAAGUAUUUGGGCUCGGAAAUAGAGAAAUCCAAAGAUUUUUCGUAUCAAAACAUAAGAAAACAUAUCAAGGGUCAUGCCGCCUUGGGAGCAGGAGGUUUGGCCUUGUUUAGUACUACUUACUUUUACAGUUGGCCUAGUGAAUUUGCCGACAUUUUCAAAUGCUUUCUAAAUCAACAAAACUUAAAUCUUGCUUUCGAACCAGAUGACAGUAAUUAUCGUAAAACUAAAGCAGGAGUAUAUGCCUCCAGUUUAGGAGCUGUGUGCCAUGAAAUAGGUCAUAUUUUUGAUUUAGGCCAUGAUUUGCAAGGUGUUAUGGGCUCUAAUUUUGAUUAUAUUAAUCGAGUGUUUACCUUACAAACUAAAACUGAACACUUGCCGGAAAGGAUAGUGCAGCAAAAGCCGAUAACAGCAAAUAAACCACGUUUUACUCGUUUAAAAGAUCCGGCCAAUGGUUUUUUACAACGUUACCGGGAGCAACAAGAAAAUGAUUCGUUUUAUUUUUCUCCAAAUUCAGCAGUGAUUUUAGCCCAUCAUGCUUGGUUGAGAAAGGAUUUGGAGACGUUUCAAAGUAAUGCCUUUAAGGUAAAACUGGAUUUGACUUUGGGUAUUGUAAAGAGCUUGGAAUUACCCUUAAAGAUAAUAGAAUUACGUGAAAAUUCUAAUAGCUUGGUUAAAGAAUGGUUUGAGUUGCAAAAGACGUCGGAAGAGAAGCCGGUAUUUGAAUUUGAUUUAAAAGUUUUACGCAAUAACUUACCGAAGGAUAAUUAUUUAUUUGUUAUGAGUAUUUAUGGCCAUACUAAGAAAUUGGAAUUGUAAUGGAAUACUUGGUAGACAAUAUCUUUAAACUGUUGUAAAAACCAAAGAAAAGUGGUUUCAAAACUGGCAGGUGUUUGAAAAUAUAACAAGAAGAAUUCUUUAAUAAAGUUAUCCUUUCCAGUAGACUACAAAAAUAUAUUAAAUAGAAGCCUAAAUAUAUGCUACAAAAAAUCCAAAGAAAUUAGCUUUAAAUCAAGUUUUGUAGAAUUUUAUAAAAAAAAAAACUUAAAAUGCCCCUACUUGCUAGACAAGAAAAAAAGUUUUAAAUAUAAGCCUAAGCAUAUGCUACAAUAAAAAUACCAAAAAACAACCACAGUUUGAUUCGUGAAGGAAAAUUCUGAAAUAUCAAAAUAUUCAAAGCAAGUAUUUAUAAAUACAACGAAUGUUUUACUUGGAACAACUAAACUUUAACCUACAAAUCUUAUUAAUAACACCCUCAGGAAGAAGCUGCAACUUAAAAGUGAAUUUAAUUAUUAAUAAAAUUUACAAUUUUUUACAAAAUUAUCAAAAUAAACAUCAAUAAUGAAUUCUGAUAUACUUUGACCCAAAACAACGUCUUCCUAUUAGUCAUAAAUUUAUAAAAAAAUACCAAAGAAUUGUUAUUGUUAAAUACAACAAAACAACAAACAAACUAUUCAUUUACGCACUCAUACCUAUUAACUCUCAAAAAUUUCACUCAUUCAUACAAUAAUCGGAGAAGCCAAAGAAACGUCAUUAACUGAAACAGAAACUUAUGCUCACUACUUCAUUAUUAACAUAAACAUGCGUAUGUUUAUAUCAAACUAACUGCUCAGUUUUACCAGCUAAUAGUUAAAUAAUCCAAGAGAUACAACUAACUAAAAUAACAAACUAGAAGUUCAUAACAUUGAUCAGUGCUGCGCUCACGUCAACUCAUCAUUUUGUCUUAAGACUCUAUAAGUAGUUUGUCUAUUUUAUUAUAAGUUGCCAACAAAACAAAUUUAUCGCCGCAUACGUAUCAAUUUUUUUUUGCUUCCAAAUAGCCCAAAAAAUAAAACAUAAACACACAAAAUAGACUACCUACUUCAACAAAAAAAAUAAUAAUAAUAAAGUGAUAAGAUAGCAAAAAAAAUCAAGCGAAUGCCCAAUAAAAACAAGCAAACAAUCAACAAUUACAAAAAAAUACUACUAAUAAAAUUGAAGCAGUAUUGAUUUAGACUCUUAAACACUGCUUUUGUCAGUCAUUCAGUCAGUAGGAAAGUAAAUUUCUAAACUCACACACCAGACCAGUGUAGUUCAAUAGUUUAAAACGGCCAGUAGAAAGCAACAGCUGCAGCAACAACAAUGACAGAAGCUCGUAUACAAUUUUCAAAACUUAAGGGCUUUCCAGCUUGUAAUGAUCAUGAUAAAAUCGAAACGGAAGAAUUUUUAGCUGCCUCUAGUGAAAUUGUGGAUGUUAUACGUUCCUUUGGUACUUUAUUUACACCCGUUAUUAGUGAUAUGAGCGGUAAUGUCGCUAAAAUCCGCAAAUCUUAUGAAAAGGAUCCUGUUAAAUAUAAAUAUUUAGAAGAUUUAAUUAUACUAAAUGUUAAUGUAGAUAAUUUUGCUGCCAAUGCUUUGUUGUGGCUUAAACGCGGUUUACAAUUGAUUUGCACUUUCUUUGAGAAUAUUUUCCAUGACAAAGAAUCUACGGAAGUGGUGAAGAAGCAUUUGCUGGAUGCUUAUGAGAAGACACUUAAACCAUAUCAUGGUUUUAUUGUACAAAGUACAAUUAAGAUUAUGUAUAGCUGGGUACCGACACGCUCCCAAUUAAUCGGUAAUGGUCCUCAACAUGAUGAAAAUAUUAAAGUUCUCGAAACAUUUCUGCCCACGAUGAGAGCUCAUCUUGAUCGUAUUGAUAAUUUACUUAAAAAAUACGAUUUAGAUGAUAAAAGCAAAGUGUAGCUGUUAGUUUUUUUUUUAACAAAAUUGUAGACAAAAGAGAUUAAGCUUUAAUUUUAAUAUAAAAAUAUAUUUCAGUGUUCUUAUUUAAUUUCCUAUAAGUGUAAUAAUAAAAUUUUAAAUUUUA